CGUCUGGCCAGCUGCUCGUCAAGCAUCGGAGAAUACCGUAAACUUCGGGUCUUCCGCAACGACAUACCACAGAGGCCAACCGGUUCACCUUUCCCUCAACGGCCUCUCGCAGCAGAUCGCUUCCUUCCGCAACCUUCUAUUCCUCUUGUAGUGACCGGGGGAGAAUAGAAGUUCCUUACCACCACCCAAACCCAAUCCACCAACAACCCAUCUGCCAUCAUGUCCAGGUUCUACAACAGGCCUGAGAAUGCUCUCAAGAGGGCCGACGAUCUUAUCGCCGUGUCCCAGCCCGGUGCGGCUUUGACCUUGCUCCAUGACAUUGUCAUGUCAAAGCGUUCUAGGUCCACCCCGCUUACGAUCCUCGAACCCAUUAUGCACAAGUUUGUCGAGCUGUCCGUCAACUUGCGUAAAGGAAAGACAGCUAAGGAGGGUCUGCAUCAGUACAAGAACAUAUCGCAGAAUACGACGGUUUCAAGUAUUGAGUCUGUGAUCAAAAAAUUCAUCGAGCUUUCGGAGGCGAAAGUUGCCGAGGCCCAGGCGAAAGCUGAAAAGCUGACUGUCGACAAUGUGGAGGAUUUGGAGGCUUCGGAAACCCCAGAGUCGAUCAUUCUCAGCACCGUCAGCGCCGAUGUCGACAAGGACCGAACGGACCGUGAAGUGGUCACGCCCUGGUUGAAGUUUCUGUGGGAGGCUUAUAGGACUGCUUUGGACAUUCUGCGUAACAACGCCAGGUUGGAGCUGCCUUACCAGUCUGUCGCUUCGCAGGCUUUCCAGUUCUGUUUGAAGUAUACCCGAAAGACCGAGUUCCGUCGUCUCUGCGAGCUUCUCCGUUUGCACUUGUCUACUGCCGCCAAAUACUCUCACCAGGCGCACUCUAUCAACUUGAACGAGCCCGAUACUCUCCAGCGUUACCUCGACACCCGCUUCCAGCAGCUGAAUGCCGCUACCGAGUUGCAAUUGUGGCAGGAGGCUUUCCGCUCCGUUGAGGACAUCCACAACUUGCUUGGCAUGGCCAAGAAGCCGCCAAAGGCCAUCAUGAUGGCUACGUACUACGAGAAGCUCUCCAAAAUCUUCUCGGUCGGUCAGAACUACCUGUUCCACGCUGCUGCGUUGAACAAGUACUACGCCACCGUCCGUCUCAACAAGAACCUGGGAGAGGAGGAGCACACUCGCUUGGCUUCUAUGGUCCUGAUGUCCGCGCUUGCGAUCCCUAUCAUCACCAGUGCAAAGACCCGUGCUGGCCAGUCCGACGCAGAUGACAGCAAGCCCAAAACCGCUCGUUUGGCCAACCUUCUCCGCGUCGUUCGCGCUCCCACCAGGGAGUCUCUCUUGAAGGACGCCCUCAGCAAGGUCAUCCUUUCCCGCGUCAGCCCCGAGCUGAAGGAGCUUCACCAGAUUUUGGAAGUGCAAUUCCACCCGCUCUCCAUCACCAAGAAGAUCGCCCAUCUUCUCCCCAAGCUCCAGGAGGACAAGGAUCUCUCCGCUUACGUCGAGCCCCUUCACCAGGUCAUCUUGACCCGUCUCUUGCAGCAAUUGUCGCAGGUCUACACCACCGUGAAGAUGGACUCUGUGGUAAAGCUUGCCGCUUUCCCCGAACCCUUUAACUACAGCGCCCACCAGAUCGAAAAGUUCAUCAUGAACGGCUGCAAAAAGGGCGAGCUCAACAUUCGCCUCAACCACCAGACGCAGACCCUCACCUUCGAGACCGAUGUGUUUGCCACCGCCAAGGUCAGCAUGUCCGAGGGACCUCAGCUCCAGGCCUUGCCUUCAGAGCAAAUGCGGACUCAGUUGACCCGCCUCGCUAAGCGUCUCCACACUGCUGUUGCCUUGAUUGGCCAGACCAGCGAGAUCCUCCCCGUUGAGGAGCGUCUCAUCCAGAUCAAGAAGGAGGCUAAGGCCAAAGCCUUUGCGGACGUCAUCGAGCGCUUGGAGGAGGAGCGCAAGCACACGGCUACCAGGAGGCUCUUGAUCGAGAAGAAGAACGAGAUCCGCCUGAACGAGAAUGCUCAGAAGGAGAAGGCCCAGGCUGAGGCCAAGAAGAAGCGUCUUGAGACUGAGCAGGAACUCGAAAAGAUUCGCGUCGAGGAGGAAUCCAGGAAGCGUGAAGCCGACCGUAUGCUCCAGCAACGUCUCGACAUGCAGAAGCAGGAAGCCGCUAAGCUCGCUGCCAAGCUCGCCGAAGACCUGAAGGAGAAGAAGGUCAAGGUCAAUGCCGAGGAUCUCGAGGGCCUCGACACCACCAAGCUCAUGCAGCUCCAAGUCGAGCAGCUCGACAAGGAGAAGCGCGAGAUGCAGAACAAGCUCAGGGCCGUCAGCAAAAAGAUUGACCACACUGUCCGUGCCUUCCGCAAGGAAGAGAUCCCUCUCCUCGCCCAGGACUACGAGGAGCAGAAGAAGAACGACAAGGCUGCCCACCAGGCCCUUUGGAGGGCCAAGCUUGCCGCGUCCAAGAUCCAGCACGAGGAAGCCAUCAAGCUCAAGUCUCGUAUGGGCCGUAUGGUUGGUGACUACAAUGAGCUUAAGGAGCAGCUCCAGGCUCAGAGGAAGGCUGAGUUUGAUGAGAUCCGCGCUGAGUCUGAGCGGAGAAUUGCGGCUGAGAAGAUCAAGAGGAUUGAGCAGGUUAAGAGGGAGAGGGCAGAGGAGCGUAUUCGUCGUCAGCGUGAGGCUGAGGAGGAGGAGAUCCUUGCUGAGCAGGAGCGUGUCCGUGCCGAAGAGGAAGCCCGCGCUGCUGAAGAAGCUGCUGCACGAGCAGCUGCCCGUCGCGCCGAAGCCGAGGAGAACAGAAGCCGACUCGACGAGAUUGCGCGCAAGCAGCGUGAGAGGGAAGCCGAAAUUGAGGCCAAACUGGCAGCCAAGCAAGCACCCGCCGCCGCCGCCACCCCCGCCGCUGCUCCUGAAGACAAGUGGCGCCGACCCGCGCCUGCAGCUGCCGCUGGUCCCGACACCUGGCGCCGAGCGGGAACCCCCAGGGACGAGGCUGCCCCCGCUGCACCUACCGCCACCACCGCGGCCGCCCCCGGAGGUCCCUCCAAGUACGUGCCUCCCGUCCGUCGUGGCGGCAGCGAUACACCCCCCUCCGACAACAAAUGGACCCGCCGCGAACGAGACGACACGCAGCCCGGCUCCGCCUUCGGAUCCCGCGGCUCCCUCAACUCCGACCGUGGCACCCCCCGCGACUCUCCCCGUGACUCUCCCCGUGAAUCUUUCGCAUCCCGCCCCUCGUCCUUCCGCGCGUCUGAAGGCAGCCGAUUCGAUGAGGAGAACAAGGACCGCGCCGAGCGACCUAAAGUCGUCCCCGCUGCCGCUGGGGGCUGGCGUGAACGUGAGGCCCUCAAGACACAGUCCGGAGGUGACAAUGCGAAUGCUGCACCCCCUGCUGCUGCCACACCGCCGCCUGUUGGAGCUCCUGCCGGCCCGCCGCGGAUUGGAGAGGGCAAGUGGAGGUCUACCCGUGGCGGUCGUCAGGCUUAGAUUCACGACUCCCACAUUUCCCUUCAAGGUUUCGGUCUAGAAGCCUCUUCCAUCAUCCACCCGUUUCUGCAGUUUCACAUAGCACCCUCCUUCUUCCACUACAUACACAUAUCUUGCUGCUUUUCACCCCUCGUUGAUCCACCUCACAGCGCCCCAUAGAGCUUUUCUUUACCGGUCUUGAUGUUAGCUUUGAGCGUUUGUCAUAGCUUGCGUUACGUAUAUAUAUAGCAUUUUUUUCAGAGUUCUGGAUACCGAGUUUCCAGUGGUUCGUGCUUAUUGGUGACAUUCGGGAGAAGGAU